AAAAUGUGUUCUGUUACAAAGAACGCUCCAAGACAGUGAGGAACUGUGGUGCACUGGACUGAAGUGGGCUAUUAGCGCCCUCUGCUCACCCCCUUCCCUGCCCCCAACCUUGGGAGAAUAACCGCCAAUUGGUAAAGCGGUGUGUUUUUUUGAGCAUUGCAAAAUUCAGCACAAAGGUUAAUUGCUUAAUGAAAACCCACAAGGAAAUGAUAUGUCAAAUUAAGUUGGAUUGCCUGGUUCUGCAGGGGCGGAACCUAGCACAAGGGACACACACAGGCACACACACACACACAUACCUGGGAGCAGGAAGCAAAGGGCUGUGAGAGACACAGAGAAGCAUUUUCCUUUGAGCCGAGGCUUUAAUUCCAACCCUGACUUGCACCCGGCCAUGGCAACGGAUGAGAACACACACAACCUGUUUUUUGAAAGUUUUCUGAAAAAACGAAAAGAUAAAAUGAGGUUUACCUGGUCAACCUACUGGUUCAGGCUCCAAAACACCACCUUAUUUUUCUUCACUCGGAAAGAAUCUGAGGCGUGUCACCUCCGGGGUCAGUACUACAUCUACAUGGUUCAGUCCGUGAGGGAAACCAAAACAAUGAACCACGACUAUCCAUUUGAGAUCGUCAUGAAAAAUGGGAAGAAGAAAGUGCUUGCUGCAACCACCUCUGAAUUACGAGCGGUUUGGAUGGAGUUCCUGUGGAAAGCAAUGCAGCUUCCUUGGCCAGGGAAAAAGCAUUCCGCUUGCAAUUGGCACGACAUCCCCCUCCUGAUGGAAAGAGCUGAGAUGUGUUGCCCUGGGAAAGAGGGAGGUUCUUCGGGAUAUGCUGAUGGCCAGAGCAGGCAACUUGGCUCCCUCACCUCCAACGAUUCCUCCGCAGACUCCCAGAAAUCUUCCCUCCAGUACUUGGAUACCUCGGUCGAUGGUUACUCUGUGGAAAGAAAAAAUGUGGCAUCAUCCACUGCAGAGGAGGAGGACAGAGAUUAUGAAAUAGUACUUCCAGAUUUAGAAGGUUCUGCUCCUGAAGCUCCGUUAAGCCCCAACACCAGAUCAGGGUUAUUAGACGAGAUCAUUUCAAACUGUACAAGUUGCACCGUCCACUGGCUGGGUUCUGUGGACACAGAGAAUGCUACAAAGCAACCAUCCGAGAGCCAGCCAUAGAGAACAGAGCCUCAGGGUGAAAUGAAAUAGCUUUCAUGUUAGUUUGUAAACCACGCUGGCCGUGUAGUCAGAACCCGCUGCCAGAUACAGUCACAAAGUCCUGUUAAUAUGAACAUGGAAACAGGAGGAGCUCAUUCAGCCCCUCGAGCCUGUUCCGCCAUUCUAUAAAAUCAUGACUGAUCUGGACCUCAACUUCAAUUACCUGCUCUUGCCCCAAAUCCUUUGAUACCCUGGCCUAACAAAUAUCAGUCAUUUGGGGGAGAGAGGUCCAGUUUUUUCCACUGUCCUUUGUGUGAAUAAACUGCUCUUGAUGAUAAUACAGUGACAGAGAUCAGCACAGCCACUCCUAAAUGAGCUCUGUGAUGAUAAGGUUUUAUAAAAUCACAGUUUAUGAUGUUAUGGCCAUUCAGCCCAUCCUGUGCACAAUGAAUCUGUGAGAGUUAUCCAGUCAUUCCCAAGUCCCUAUCCUUUCUACAUACCCUUUUUUUCAGAUAUUUGUCUAAUUCCCUGUUAAAAGCUAAUGUAGAUUCUGCUUCAAUUCAGGAGUUGGUAAAUCAAUCCAUGUCUCAACAAUGAUCUGUUUGUAAAAAAAACAACUUACAGAUGUGUAUAAAUAGCUCCUCUUGUGUUUUUUUUUAUCGUGGUUCUCUCUGUCACUCACUCUAUUCCAGACUUGUGUAAAUACAGAUUGUACAGUAACUAGAUUUCCUGGAAAAAGGAUUAUUAGAUUUAAAGUGGGAACAGAUUAUUGCUGUAAAACGUUUGGAGGAUUAAAGCAUUUACUGUGUUUUGACUGA